ACUCAAAUCAACGAUCGUUGCGGAUGUAAUGCUAUCGAAUUUCCAUACCGAAACUCUAGCCUCCCAUUCUGCUUGGCGAUGGGUUCCUUCGUACACGAGGGAAGUUGUGACGUGCAAAGUUUGCAAGGAGCUAGAUCAAAGGACACGAACUCUACCAAAAUUGGUUCUUUGAAAAGUGAGUGUUUGGCAGAACUGGAACUGGUCAAGAAUCAUGUGACAUGCAAGUCCGAUGUGACAAGACACUUUGAAGGUGACGUUGUUCCAUCCUGCACGUUGCCAUGCCAGUUCUUCUCCUACGAAACCGACCGCUCCACCUCCACUUGGCCAACCAAAUCCUGGCAGCUAGGCUGGUUGGGUACGAGAGCGGGAAGGAUGAUUUUGGACAGACCGGAACUGGCCUCUUACCGCGAAGCCAGGGACCUGAUGCAACAACCGAAUGGAGAUGUUCGUGCACAAACACUGCUAUCCCAGACCAAUGUUUUGGAAAAAAAUCUCCUGGCGAUAAUGAUCAUCCGGCCGAACUUCAACUUGCAUAAUGUUGAAGAGAAGGAAGUUCUGUCACUCACAAGUUUGUUAUCUCAGACGGGUGGUCUACUAUCCAUUUGGAUUGGGAUGAAUAUCAUGUCUGUGAUUGAACUAUUCGAAUUGUUGGUCCACUUGUUCGGUACGUGCAAACAGCCAGAGAACAGAAAGAAUAUGAACAAGGAUUCAAGCCACCAAUCAAGGGUCGUCCGAAAUGAGCAAGAAGAGACCGAGGAUGGAAUGCACAUCGCUGAUAACCUAUACAACGGUAACGAAGAAAGGAUCUCACAAAACUCUAUUAUCCAGCAUCCGAAAAACAACAGCAACAACGCUUCCAAUCGCCGACUCAACAAACGCCGAACAAAAUGUUUGAAGAGGACGACGUGUCAGCGAGCGAGGCCGUCUUCUACUAAUCUCGAAUGCUCUGAACGCUCCUUACCGUAA